CGGCGCGGAGCGGGGCGGGGCGGGGGUGCCGCUGCUGCCGGCCGGUGCCCGGCGCGGGGACGCGGCAGGGGCAGGGCAGGGCGAGGCGAGGCAAGGCAGGGCGCGGCAGAGCGGCGAGGACCCGGGUUCGAGUCCGGCCGGAGCGUGCGGCGUGGGGCGAUGAACUCGCGCAAAGUGCUGGCCCUGCAGGCCCGCAGGCGGCGGCCCAAGCAGCCGGCGGCGGCGGGCAGGAGGGACAAGCCGCCCCACAAGAAGCCAGAGCCUCAGCAGAAAGCCCCCUCUGCACCUCCACCACCACCGCCGCCCCCGCCACCACCCCUGCCGGAGCCCGCCCCGCCAGAGCCAGAGGAGGAGAUCCUAGGGUCUGACGAUGAGGAGCAGGAGGAUCCCGCAGAUUAUUGUAAAGGAGGCUAUCAUCCAGUGAAAAUUGGUGAUCUUUUCAAUGGCCGAUAUCAUGUUAUUAGAAAGCUAGGAUGGGGACACUUCUCCACAGUCUGGCUAUGCUGGGAUAUGCAAGGAAAAAGGUUUGUUGCAAUGAAAGUCGUAAAAAGUGCCCAGCAUUACACAGAGACAGCCUUGGAUGAAAUAAAGUUACUCAAAUGUGUUCGUGAAAGUGACCCUAAUGAUCCCAACAAAGAUAUGGUUGUACAGCUAAUUGAUGACUUCAAAAUUUCUGGAAUGAAUGGAAUACAUGUCUGUAUGGUCUUCGAAGUACUUGGACAUCAUCUCCUAAAAUGGAUAAUCAAGUCCAAUUACCAAGGCCUUCCCAUCCGUUGUGUAAAAAGUAUAAUUCGACAGGUACUUCAAGGUUUAGAUUAUCUCCACAGCAAGUGCAAGAUCAUUCAUACGGAUAUUAAGCCAGAAAACAUUCUGAUGUGCGUGGAUGAUGCCUAUGUUCGUAGAAUGGCUGCAGAAGCUACCGAGUGGCAGAAAGCUGGUGCUCCUCCUCCUUCUGGCUCAGCAGUGAGUACAGCUCCACAACAAAAGCCUGUUGGAAAAAUAUCCAAAAACAAAAAGAAAAAACUGAAGAAAAAACAGAAGAGGCAAGCAGAGCUGUUAGAAAAACGCCUGCAGGAAAUAGAAGAACUAGAGCGAGAAGCUGAAAGGAAAAAAAUAGAAGAAAAUGUAACCUCAGCUGUACCAUCAAAUGAGCAAGAAGAUGAGUACCACCCAGAGGUGAAACUAAAAACAGCUGAUCUAGAAGAGGUAGUAGAUGAAGAACCUGGAAAUGAUGAUGGUGAGGCAGAAGAUCAGGAUGAAAAAGAAGAUACAGAGAAAGAAAACACUGAAAAAGAUGACGAUGUUGAGCAGGAACUUGCCAACAAUGACCCUACAGACCCUAAGUGGAUAGAAUCCCCCAAAACAAAUGGCCAUAUUGUCAAUGGCCCCUUCCUAUUGGAACAACAGAUUGAAGAUGAAGAUGAGGAAGAGGAAGAAUGUCCAAAUCCAGAGGAGUAUAAUCUUGAUGAGCCAAAUGCAAAAAGUGAUUACUCUUAUAGCAGCUCCUAUGAACAGUUUAAUGGUGAAUUGCCAAAUGGACGUCAUAAAAUUCCUGAGUCACAGUUCUCUGAAUUUUCAGCUUCAGUGUUCUCUGGGGCUCUAGAGUCUGUAGCUUGUGGUUCUGCUGUUUCUGAAGGAUCUACUGUAACUGAAAGAGAGGAGAGCAGCCCAUCUCACGACAGGAGCAGAACAGUUUCAGCUUCAAGCACUGGAGAUCUUCCUAAAACAAAAACUCGUGCUGCUGACUUACUGGUGAAUCCACUGGACCCAAGAAAUGCAGAUAAAAUUAGAGUUAAAAUUGCUGACCUGGGGAAUGCCUGCUGGGUGCAUAAACACUUCACAGAAGACAUCCAGACAAGACAAUAUAGAUCCAUAGAAGUUUUAAUAGGAGCAGGUUACAGUACACCUGCUGAUAUCUGGAGUACCGCGUGUAUGGCGUUUGAGCUAGCAACUGGAGAUUACUUGUUUGAACCACAUUCUGGUGAAGACUAUUCCAGGGAUGAAGACCACAUAGCACACAUCAUAGAGCUGCUAGGCAAUAUCCCAAGGCACUUUGCUCUAUCUGGAAAAUAUUCUCGGGAAUUCUUCAAUCGCAGAGACCACAUAGCAUUGAUCAUUGAACUGCUGGGAAAAAUCCCUCGAAAAUACGCUAUGUUGGGGAAAUAUUCCAAGGAGUUUUUCACCAAAAAAGGAGAACUCCGACACAUUACCAAGCUGAAACCUUGGAGUCUUUUUGACGUGCUCGUGGAGAAGUACGGUUGGCCUCACGAAGAUGCUGCACAGUUUACAGAUUUCCUGAUCCCCAUGCUAGAAAUGGUCCCAGAGAAACGUGCUUCAGCUGGAGAAUGCCUUAGGCAUCCAUGGCUGAAUUCUUAGCAGAAUCUCCCAGCUGUAGAAGUAAGCCAGCAACCACUUUCCAAUGCAUCGGACCUAAAUGGUGACUGUCACAAAUUCUUUAGCAGGAUCACACGUGAGCUGGCUUCAAUCCUCAGACCUUUAUUUUGCUUGAGGUACUGUUUGACAUUUUGCUUUUUGUGCACUGUGUUCUUGGGGAAGGGUAGUCUUUUUGUCUUCAGCUAGUAGUUUACUCACCCACUUUCUUCAGAAAACACUUUAACGUGUCUUUAAGCAUUGUUUCUUGUGUUGUGUGGCAUUCAGAUGUCAGAUUUUUGAACAAAAGAAACUUCCCCCCAUGUGUUUUGGCAAGUUUUGUAACUAUUUAUGAAAAAAAUAUUUUAGCUGAUGCAUAUUAUAUAAUUUACAAGCGUAAGAAAUUUAUCAAGUCAGAACUGAGUUACGGCAAGGAAUUGUACAAUUUUAUCUUCUGGCAAAGGGACGUCAUUCUUGUAUUAUAGUGUAUGUAAAUGCACCCUGUAAAUGUUUAUUUCCAUUUAAAUAUGGGACUGGGGACUCAAUUUCAGAGUAAAGCUACUAAGUUUUAGAGAGCUUUAUAGCAAACCAAUUGCAUGUAGUGGACUUUAAACUGCUUUAAGGAAUUGUGUAAACUUUCUAUUCUGUAGCAGUUCCCGUUCAUUGGAUUUUAAACAAAGUGGCUCUGGUUUACAGGAUUUCAUUCCCCAAAUGGCACUUUAAAGGAAGGCUAGACUUCUUUCUAAUAAAGUAUGCAUUAUCAUUUAGCACUCCCUUUUAGAACUUUUGCCUAUUUUAAGUGCUUUUAAGAAAAGAAAAUAGCAAUUUCCCUUACAAUGUGAUAGUGAAGACAUGGUACCAUAUGGUGUUGCCUUUUUAUAAGCACUGUAAGUUGUACUAUACCUUAAGAAAAAAAAUUAAAAAUUGAGCAUGAGAACCACUCUCUGUGUAGAAUUACUGAUCUUUUAUAAUAAAAGUGUGUGCUUGGAAUCAGUUAAGGAAGGAUAGCUGCAAAUAAUUUACAGUGCAGUGGGUAAAAUGCAAGAAGCAAGAUCAUGCUCAUUCCAUUCAUAGCUUUACAUGUUUCUAAAACAAAUUGCACUAGCUUUAUUUUUUUCCCAUAACUAGACAUACAAUUAUUCUUUGUAAGUUGCACGCAAGAAUUACGUGUUUCCUAGGAAAAAAAAGCUACAUAGACUGAAGCUUAUAGGCAAUACAGAUUUUAGAAUGUAAAAUACAGAGGUGUGUUUUGGCCUCUUUUAGAAGUCAGUGGGAUGAAUGUAAGCUUACUUCUGAUUUUCAUGUAACUAUGGUGCCACUUUUUCUUGACUUUGUCCAUAUGAAAUUUAUUCACAUGCCUUUGCAAUAACUAGAUUGUGAGAAGAUAGCCCCAUGCUGUAACAAUAACCAGUUGUUUGAGGUGCUUGCAGUUGUCUAAUUAAAGUGUUUUGUUUUUUCA